AUGUUUCGCCGGCUGCCAUCAACUCGCCCCCCGCUGUCACGUUUUCUCUCCACUGCAUUCCCAUCUCGCAGACCAUUUAGCACCACCGGGAGCAACUCGAACGCCCACGAAUCCAGUUCAUUCAAAGAAGGGGUAUCCCGGUACAAACUCUUCGCAAGUCCGUUUGCCAAGGUCUUCUUGGGAGCCAUCUUCACAUACCAAGUGAUUUACUGGACAUGGCUGAAGCUUGAAAUGGAUGAGUCGAAAUAUACCAAGAAUCAAGAAGUGGCGGCUCUGGAGAAGCAGGCUAGGGAGCUGACGAGCACCCAAAAAUAA